AUGCAAAUGACAACAGCCAAGAAACUGUUUUCAAAGCAGGUUAGUUUUAUAAAAAGCAUAUCUCAAAUGGAUCAAGCACCAGAUCUACAAGGUCGACCUGAAGUGGCAUUUGUUGGAAGAAGUAAUGUUGGGAAAUCAACCUUGAUCAACAGUUUGACAAAUAAUUCAAAGCUAGUUAAGACGUCUAGUAAACCUGGACAUACCCGGCUACUGAAUUUCUUUAACCUCGGUAAUCAACUGACACUGGUAGACAUGCCGGGCUAUGGAUAUCGAUCCAAGGCAGAAUGGGGAGAUCUCAUCCUAGAUUAUCUAAAUACCCGUCGACAGCUCAAGAGACUCUUUUUACUGAUCGACCCUGUUGCAGGAAUAAAGGAGACGGAUAAAAUGUUGAUAAAACAGUUGGAUAUACAAGCGGUAUCCUUUCAAGUGAUAUUGACCAAACGAGAUAAACUAUCAGACGAAGAAUUCAACCGUUCGAGAUCAUCUAUAGAAGAAUAUCUGGCAGAGGAAUCAAUCUGUUGUUAUCCUCAACUUCUUGUCACAGGCAAGAAACGAAAGAGCAAGCCAGGGGAUGCUGAAUACAUGGAGCAAGAGCUAACAAGAGUUAAAUGUGCCAUACUUUCUGCAGCACAGCUUAUAUAA